AUUAGUGGCACAGCUUAUAUGUUACUCUAACUUAAGUCCUUGUUCCAUGUAAGCCUGAUGAAAACCCUUUCUGUUUUUUCUUGUGUUGUCUUGUUGUAUGUAUGCAGAAAAAUCAAAAGUGAUGGAAAAUUGCAAGGAGUCUUUAUCAACAGAGAGUUGGUUGCUAAACAGGAAGCCAUCAAAAUUUGAUAGCAUGGAAUAUGAAGAUGAAUCUGCGUUCAUUGAGAUGGAUCCCUCACUUUCUCCUUCUAAGAGGUUCUCUAAUGUUAAUCCACAUGAUUUCAUCAACUUCAAUUUUCCAAUAUCAGGUGAUCAGUACUCUCCAUCUGCCUCCAUAAUGAAAAAUAUGGAGCCUUCAUCUUCAGUUAUUACCAAGAAAGAAUAUGUGCAUACUUCCUCUAGGAAAGGACUUGGGAUUUUCAAGAAGUUGUUGGAUUUUCUGAAACCUUUGUGUCAGAAAAUAAAAUGCGCUAAUUUUGGGUGCAAAAAUACAAGUAGUACAAGUAUUAUCGAAAGCAGAAGAUCAACUGCGGAGGGAUCAAUUAUGAAUUAUAAGAACUGGCAGGGAAGUUCUGACGGGACAUCUCUAACUCCAAGGACAAGCAUAGCUAAUUAUUCUGAGGAUGAUUGGCGAAGAUCUUGUGAUUCUGAGGCCUCAAUUUAUGAGGCUGUUCUUCAUUGCAAAAGAACUAUUAAUGGUGAUGAGUAAUUGAGGGUUCAGUACUGCAAGGAAGAAAUGGAAAUUUACUUAAAUGAUAUAUAGGUAAUAGAGAAAGAAAAGAAAAAAAGAAAAACAAGAGAGGUGUGAAGAUAUUCCCUUUAUGUUCUUGGAGGUUUUGAGGAGACAAAGAAUCUUCAUGACUCACAUUGUUUGUCAUUGUGUUUUCCUUUUUGAGAAUCUUCAUGACUCACAUUGUUUUUCCUUGUGUUUUCCCUUUUCUCUCAAGGAACAAUCACUUUACGACUUGGAAGUCUUGCUUUAUGCUAUGAAAAGUCAUAUACGUAAUGAUAUUAAUUUGAUAUUUUUAUA